UAUAUUUUAAAGGCAGUUCUGGCUCAGACUGUGACAGCGAACCAGGGAUCCCUUUAAAGAGGAAACAACGAAGAAGCAGAACAACCUUCACCGCCCAUCAGUUAGACGAGUUAGAACGAGCUUUCGAAAGAACCCAGUAUCCAGACAUUUACACCAGAGAGGAAUUGGCUCAAAGAACCAAAUUAACCGAGGCUAGAAUUCAAGUGUGGUUCAGCAAUCGAAGAGCCAGACUGAGGAAACAAUUGUCCUCGAGCACAUCCAGUGGCUACGUUAGUUCCUACCCUGCUGCGUCUUACGUUCUUCAUCCCCCAGCUGCGCCUCAUCCACACGCUGCAACUGGUGUUCCACCGAGUCAUUCGCAUCCUCAUCCCCAUGGACAGACUCUACCUGACGCCACUUUUCCGUCGAGUCAAGUUGCUGAUCUGUAUUCGCCCCACGCCGGCCUGUUGACAGAUUCAACUCGUCUACCGCCAGCCGUCGGACCUACAUCAAGUUAUGGUCUUCCACCGUCGGUGACCUACCCUAGUUCCCUAUUGUCACCAACGUCCACCAGUAGUACUCACAUAAAUCAUCAAGUGCCUUCAGUGGCCCCAGCAUCUACAUCAACUUACCAACAAACCAACAGCCAUCAGCUAUCGCCAACUCCAAAUCCUUUGGCUACCAUGAUGGCUCCAAAUUCUGGGAAUUCGAACUCGACGCCCGAUCAAUUAACAUCGGCGGAUUUACCAAUCAGUCCAGUGUCACCGGUUCAGCAGCAACAGCAACAGCCGCAACAGCCGCAGCCACAGCAACAAGCGGGUCAAGAAAAUUCUUCACCGUCGUGGAAUCUUCCGAUUUCCAGCGGGGGAAGAGUUGGACUAUCGAGUUCACCGACGUGUCUCCAACAAUCUCACUCUCAUGCCGCGCAUCCUCAUCAACCUUUUGCAAGCCAUUACGGUGCUCAAGGCUUUCAACAACCACCCAGACCUACCCCUCAUCAGUCGUUUUAUAGUUGGUACUGAGAAAGAUACUGAGAAAGGUACUGAGAUUCCUUUCUGAUUAGAUUCUGUUACUUUAGCUUCGCGCGCGGUACACACCUGCUUCAGCAAUUGAGAUUUUUAUUCUUUUUAGAUUAGGACAGUAUUCUAAAGGGAAGACAUUCUUUUGUUGAGCAACAUGUUAAGCGAAGUGUGAUAUUCAACGAAAACAUCUCGAGGAUACGGAUUUUGA